CGUACUAGUAAAUGGAAAAAUUUAUAUUAUAAUAAACCAAGGACAUUGAGGCAUAUAAGUUUACUAAAGUAUUUUCAUUGGCAUGUUGAAGCCAAAAAAAAUAUAUACAAAUAUAUUUUAUUGAAAAAUGCUAUUGGUUCUAAAUAAUUUUGAUUACCAAAUUUAAGGAAUGUGAACUCAACAUGCAAAGACAUAAGAUGUUGCUAUUGAAUUAAUAUUAAAAAUUCUCUGUCAGCAUGCAACAAAGGAUUUCUAAUAUUCUUCAUGAAUGCAUUCAAAACAGACUUGUAUACUAAUUACUAAUGUGUAGGUCUUUUAUUUGAAAAUGUUCUUUGUGAUCUUAAUUUUUCAAGGAACACUUUACAAAACAUUAACCUGAAAUCAAUAUGAAAUUAAAGUUUUGAAAAAUGAGUAACCAGUUAUAUUUUUGACUUGUAGACUAAAAAUGAUUUAAGAAUAUUUUAGAAGAAAACAACUCUAAUAAUACAUUAAAUUAUAGCCAGCUCGGUUGAUUUGGAAUAUAAAGGGAAACACGUCCACGUUACCAUGCUUCCUAAUCCAUCACAUUUAGAGGCUGUUUCUCCUGUAGUCUGUGGUAAAGCAAGAGGGAGAUUAUUAUCAUUAAAAUGUGGAGAUUAUUUAGAAGGUAAAGAUAAAAUACCUGUGUAUAGUGUACUUCCAGUUCAAGUGCAUGGCGAUGCUUCAUUUACAGGACAGGGCAUCAUCAUGGAAACAUUAGCCAUGUCAAACAUUCCUCAUUUCAAUGUUGGCGGUUCGAUACAUAUCAUUAUUAAUAAUCAGUUAGGUUACACUACACCAGGAGAAAGGGGCAGAUCUUCUUUAUACUGUAGUGAUAUUAUGAAAAUGAUAGCGGCUCCCGUCAUCCACGUCAAUGGUGAUUAUCCUGAAGUUAGUUCGGUUUUGAUAUUCUUUUAUUUUAGAAGGCAAUUUUUAUUGAAUAUAAAAUUAGCAAAGCUAUAAGGAAUAGAUGAAUAGUUCUCAUAAAUUAUAUGAUGUUAAUUUCUAUGCAAAAAUAAUUGUUAAAUAAUUUAAAAUAUAAUUGUGUAACGUAUUAAACUUAAAAGCUAUUUUUAAAAUGUUGAAGUUUAAUAUAUGUAAUAUGAGGGAAAGUCAGCAAGAAAGCAGAAUAGUUGUUAUGGAAGUAAUAGGUUUUCAGUAUGUAUCAUUAGGUAGUAGCACAGUCUAAGUAGACAGAUGCA